AUGACAUCAGCUCUCUUCAAGAAAUCUACCCAGACGACCGCGGCCGAGUGGCAGAAGGAGCUAGCUCCUCACCACCGUAAAGGAUGUACGAGCCAGGUUUUGCGCCGGGAACGAAAGAUUAUGAUUUACCAUUGGCGGGUGGGCGGGCGGAUACGAGCUGGUUUUCGGGAGGGGGUGGGGAAUGUGGAGGAUAUGGUGAAAGCGCUUGGGGCGGUUGAGAUGGAAGUCGGGCGGAGAUCGGGCGGAGAAUGGGUGGAACGGGUGACUUGGGUCCCGAUGUUCAUUUGCGUCACGGAGAUGAACAGCCUGCUGGUAGUUGAUACAGACUGGGAUUAUCUCUGGGAGGAAUCCCCAACCCUCAAACAGCCUGGGAAUGAUCCGCCUUCCCAUUGUAUUUCUCCGGGCUACGAUCUGUGGUAG